GCAGACCAUAGAAAUGAGUUACUUAAAAUUGUCGCAAAAAUUUUCCGAAUUAAUAAACGUAUCAAACGGUUUAAAAUUGUCAGAUAUUAAAUUUCGAUCAUUUCGGUCAAAUUCAAUAAGAACGAUAAUGGCCUGGGAGACGGAGAAAGAAAAAUAUUUGAAUAUGAAGGCCGAAGAAAAGCAGAAAAAUUGUAUUUCGCUUGAAAAAAUUCCUACAUGGAAACGUUUAUGUGAAUCGGAAAAAUUGCCAAAACCGAUUAUGAAGAUGGAAAAUUGUCCAAUUGAUAAUAAGUUAAAUGGAAUAUUGUCCGAAAAAAUUUCAAUAUUUGAGGGAGACAUCACUAAAUUAGCGAUUGAUGCUAUUGUAAAUGCAGCAAAUUCCAGGCUUCAAGGAGGCGGAGGAGUUGAUGGUGCAAUCCAUAGAGCCGCUGGGUCAUGUUUGAGAUUAGAAGGAGCUACCUUGGCUCCUUGUAAUACUGGAGAUUCUAAAAUAACAGGAGGCUAUCAGUUACCAGCUAAAUAUGUGAUACAAACAGUUGGUCCGCAAUUGGCAAGACCAGAAGAGCUCAAUAAAAAUCAUUUUCAAUUACUUGAAAACUGUUAUCGAAAUAGCUUGGAGUUACUUGUCGCAAAAAAAUUGAAGACCAUUGCUUUUCCUUGUAUUUCUACAGGAAUAUAUUCAUUUCCUAAUUUACCUGCUGCCCAUACUGCAGCUUACCAAGCUAGAAAAUUUUUAGAGAAAGAACACCCAAAUGUCGAUAGAAUAAUAUUUUGCUUAUUUUUGCAAACAGAUAAGGAUAUAUAUAAGGGUGUAUUGCAAAGUUAUUUCCCUGUAUCUGGAUAAUAUUUUUCUUAUUAAUGAUUUGUAUCAUUAUUUUUGUUUGUUUUUUUGUUUGUAUAACAGUUUCCAAUGAUUUAUGAAUGUGUAUUUUAUUCUUUAUUUGGAAAAUUAGUGAUAACCAUGGUUUGAUGAAAAAUAAAUAGUAAAAUUCAA